GUUGGCCGCAGAACUAGUUAACUGGACUUACAUGACCCAACCCAAUCGAUUGAAAUUGUAAAUUAGGGUUCCGAGGUGAAGAACUCGUUUGCUGCGACUCACUUUCAUCUUCUUCUCCCCCAAAACACAUAAACUUGCUCAUACUGAUUUGCUCCAUUAGCAUUAGCAAGUAUGCUCACCGGAGACAUACCUCCUAAUCAAACUAUCUACAUCAAAAAUCUCAACGAAAAGGUCAAAAAAGAAGAGCUGAAGAGAUCUCUGUAUGCCUUGUUCUCGCAGUAUGGAAGGAUCUUGGACAUUGUUGCUUUGAAGACACCGAAGCUGAGAGGACAGGCGUGGCUUGUUUUUAGUGAAGUUACUGCUGCUAGUAAUGCUGUUCGACAGAUGCAGAAUUUUCCUUUUUACGAAAAGCCUAUGCGUAUACAAUAUGCCAAAAGCAAGUCGGAUUGUGUUGCUAAAGCUGAUGGUAGUUUUGUACCUAAAGAUGUGAAAAAGAAACAAGAGGAAAAAGCUGAAAGGAAGAAACAAGAGUCACAACCUGCUGGCACUAAUGGAGUGAGAGCUGAGACCAAUGGAGGCCCUAUGGGCUCCCGCCAAGGUAAGCCUAGUGCACAAGAAGCAGCUGCUCCUCCGAACAAUAUACUGUUCAUACAGAAUCUGCCACAUGAGACAACAGAUAUCAUGCUGGAAGUUCUCUUCAAACAGUACCCUGGUUUUAGGGAAGUCCGGAUGAUUGAUGCCAAGCCAGGCAUUGCCUUUGUAGAGUUUGAAGAUGAUAACCAGUCGUUAGUGGCAAUGGAGGCCCUUCAAGGCUUCAAAAUCACCCCGCAGAAUCCAAUGGGAAUUAGUUAUGCCAAGAAGUAAACUAUCCUGCUGUGUAAACCUUUCAUUUUUUGGGCUGGUUAGCAAGCACCAAAUGUGAGAACUUUGGCGAGUUCUAUUACUGUAAUCCUGUAGGUCUUUUGUAGCUGUAACCGCGGUUGUCUCCUUUUCAUGUCUGGAUAAUACAUGCAUGGAAUCGCAACUCAACAAUGAGCAAAUUUAUCGAAAUUCUAUCAAUGUGGAUUUUGUAAGAGUAUAUUUCAAUACUUUAUUGGUCAUCUUGGAUAUCA